AUGAACAUUGUUGACCAAUUGUAUGCUAGACGACCUGUAGAGGCUUUAGUUUUUGAUUCUGAGGCCUCAUUCGAGACUUUGAGAGAUCAGUUACUAGAGAUUAAAAAAAUCAAUGCAUACUAUGUUAAGAAAGUUUUGAAACGCAUCAUUGAUUUGAGUCUAUAUGCAGAUGAUACGGACUGGAUUUAUGAUGAAUAUGUGACAUUAUUGAAUGUGACCGAUAAGGAUCAAUAUUCCCGAAUUGAUUCUAUACGAUAUUUCUUUAAAAGGAGGAAGAAUAAUUCAGAUACACAAUAUGAAUAUGAUGACAAUGCAAAUGAAAAAAUAUCUGUUGAUAUUUAUGAGAAACCGAAUCUAAUUAGUGCUAGUGGUACUACAGGGUUUAGAACGUGGGAAGCUUCUUUGUUUCUAUGUGAAUAUAUCUUACAGAAUGAAGCUUUAUUUAAGGAUCAAAAUGUAUUAGAAUUAGGUUGUGGAACGGGUAUUUGUAGUAUAUUAUUACAAAAGGUUCAAUCUCCUAAAAGAAUAUAUGUGACAGAUGGUGAUAGUGAAUUGGUCACUAAUCAAUUGGUACGUAAUUUCGAAUUGAAUAAGAUAUCUAGGAAUAACAAUUCGAAUAUAAUAUUACAACGAUUAUGGUGGAAUGAGGACAAAAUUCCUAACGAUAUAGACAUUGUCAUUGGUGCUGAUAUUACAUUUGAUGCAAGUUUAUUUGAUUCCUUAUGUCAAUGUUUGUUAGAAUGCCUCACAUAUUGUCCGAUAUGUUUAAUAUCGGCAACUAUUAGGAAUCAAGACACUACUGAUAGCUUCAUUUCCACUACAAAAAAACUUGGGAUGAACAUUGAAGAAAUUGCCAGAACUGAUAAACUAGAAAGUACGGCAUUACUAGCACCUGUUGUAAUAUACAAGAUAAGUAAAACAAAUAGAUAA